ACGCCAUACUUUCCAUCGACGCUAAGCCUAAGCCGCCUGGAGUCCCAACAGACGUCGCUCCCUUGUCCCAUCAACAUGGCCUCGAAAGAACCCGUCUCUGUUGUCUGGUUCCACGUGGCAGACGUCAGGCUGAACUUGUCUAGCGGCCUACCUCAAAGCAUGGACAGUCAUCGGAAUCCAAAGAAAGUUUACGCUUUGGUGGCUCCCGAGCCGCCGCCGACCAAAGUGCUGGGAGCGACCGUUGGACUAGUGGACGGUGCUCACUGGAAGCAACCACCGUGGAUCGGCAGGGCGUUCUUUUCCCUGCUCAGUGAUCCACCCGCUUUGCUUCUGAAUCGGCUGGAUCGCUCCGACACCGGAAGUUACGUGUGCAACGUUUCGUACAACGGUGACAACGUAACCGACGCGGAUGUGACCAUAACGGAGGCUAUCGUGGAUCUGUUUAUAGCAGUUCCUCAGCAGCCGCCGGUUAUUAAGGACUCCCAAGGCAACCAACUGCGCGCUACAGCAGGGCCUUACGCUGAGGGCGACACCGUGGUGCUGACUUGCGCUGUGCCAGCCGCUGCCCACAAACUCACGCUCGCCUGGAGACGAAACGGCCAACCCCUGGGAUCAACGGCAGCUACCGUCGCGACGCCUAGCGGAGGAUGGGAGAACCAUCUCGAACUCGGUGCUUUGUUCCGCGAGGACUUGUUCGCAAACGUUAGCUGCGUGGCAACCAGCGACGUCACGCUGCCUGCAGAAAGCUCGGUGCUUAUCGACAUGUUCCUGCCGCCUGCCGAAGUUUACCUCUGGAGCUGGCAUCAUGACGAUGCCGAUGCCUCCGGAUGGGUCAUGGUCGCCCCUUCGGCAACUGGAACUACAUCUUCGGCCAGGUCUUCGACAUCCGUUCUUGAGCCUAACAUGGGUAGCUCGCACCUCUCCCGAGGAGCAUCUCGGCCACCAAAUGCAGGUCCGGAUUCGGCUGCCGAUUUCCACGCUCCGCGCAGUUUCGAGUGCGAGGCAGCCGGAAGUCGUCCGCCAGCAAACAUCUCAUGGUUCCUGGACGGAAUACCGUUGGACGCGCGCUUGAGUCACACUCGUACCCUAGGCAACGUAACGGCAAGCGUGCUUCUCCUGCCAGCUGAAGUUCACGCGGGAAAGCUCCUUGAGUGCCGGGCUAGCAACGACAAUUUGCGGAACCAUCGAGGAGUGCUCAGUCGCUAUUCGGCUGUCAAUGUGUCAAGUAAGUGAAAAGAGAUAUGGCAGUGUUUUAAGGGUGACAGCGCGCAUUUGUCAUUCACGACACGUUUGUAAAAUUGCACGACCAUGCGUCCUGGGCA